AUGAUGUUAUUUCAACACAACAAUACUGGUAUCCACUUGGAUAGUGGAUCUACUUUUCAUUUGCGAACCAAUGAAGAUGACUUUAAAGAAGGAAGUCUACAAGGAAUUCAUGGAGGAUUCCAUUAUGCCUCUAAUGUGGAGGGAAGAAACCUUUACCGAGAAGGAAUCGAUAAGGUAUUUGAUUAUGUGUGUAAGCUUGACACACGAGCUAGCAACAACGUCAACAGUUUGUCGAACAUGGUAAAAGAUGGAUUUGAUGUAUUUAUGGACACGAAGAGAGAGAACAGCUUCUUUGUGACCAGAAACGGGACUACAUGGCGAUUUGGACAUCGCAAUGGAUUAUAUCCUCUGGUGGACGAACCUGCUAUGGUAACAACAAUGUUUCAUGACCAUGCACGAGGACUUGAUAAUGAUGAUGUGCAAGGGUACUGUGCUCUACAGAGUGUGGAGAAGAACAAAGAGGGUUUCACAAACAAACAAGUGAAACGAGCAAAUGUUGCACGAAGUGGCUAUCAUAUGAUGGGGGCACCUGGUGCAGAAUUAUUCAAGUUGGCGAUUCGGGGAAAUUUUUUCAAAAAUUGUCCAAUAACAGAGGAAGAUGUUAAUAUCUCUGAAAAGAUAUAUGGACCGAGCGUUUCAACAAUUAAGGGCAAACAAAAGCAAAAGCGACCAACACCGAAGGCGGUGGUUGAUGAUUGGAUCGAAAUGCCCAAGGAACUCCUGAAACACAAUUCAAACCUGGAUUUAUGCAUCGACAUUAUGUUUAUCAAUAAUGUCGCGUUUUUUGUCAGUAUUGACAAAGCAAUCAAAUUCCGAUUCAGUACUGAAUUGAAAGAUCGGACAAAAGAUGCUAUUUACAAGUCGAUUGACGAAAUUUUACGCAUUUAUAAUCAUGCGGAAUUUCGAAUCAAAACUAUUUAUUGCGACAACGAAUUCAAACCGGUAUUUGAUGACAUGAAAGAUAAUAUGGAUGUGACCAUGAAUUAUGCCGCGCCAGGCAAACACGAACCAACUAUUGAGCGCAGCAAUCAAACAUUGAAAGGAUUAUUCUGA